GCGCUUCCUUGGUACUGCAAGAGCUGCUGCGGGCCCUCGGGGAGACCGUGGUGGAAUCAUGCCGAGGCGCGGCAGUGUGCGAAGUGCAAGCUGGGCAAGGGACUGGUCUUCCACAGCGUGCGCCAGCCCGCGGCCCCCUCCCAGCGGAAGAAGGGCAAUCAGGGCGGCAGCGGCAACGGCUACUGGGACGACUCCGUCAAGGUGGCCAAGCUCAAGUCCGAGCUCGCCGAGGCCCGCAAGCGGCUUGCCGCUGUGCAGAGGCCGCCGCCUGGCGGGGAGGACGUGCAGAUGGAGCCGGCCGCGGACGGAGACGGCCCCGAGUCCGUCGCCAAGGACAGGCUACGCGAGGUCGGCGACCUCAUCGGCAAGCUCAAGGGCAUCACCGAGCCGUCGGUCGUGGCCACGCGCGACAAGCUGCUGGCCGAGCAGGCCGAGCUGCGGGCUAGGGUGGCGGAGUCCCGACCGCUCGGACAGCGCUUGCGCGAGAUGGGAACUCAGUUCACCAGGCUGCAGAAGCUGCGCGACGACCAGCAGACCAAGCUCGAUGGGCUGCAGGCGCAGUUGCGCGACCUGCAGGAGAAGGAACGGCUCACUCGGGACAAGCUGGCGGCCCUCGACGCUAGCAUGGAGGAGCUGGACCAGGAGCGCAAGAGGCUUCAAGGGCAGGUUCCGACGCCUGGCGACAAGGCGUCGCUCGACGAGCCGAUCAAGGGGGUUGGUGCCACGCUCGAGGGCCUCGGGAUCUUGCUCCAGAGCCUGGGCGCCGAUCACCAGCUGUCGGGCAGCCUCACGGCGAGCUUCCAGGAGCUGCAGAGGUUGCAGGAGGAGGAGGCGGCAAAGUUGGCUGCCCAGAAGGCGCAGGCGGAUGCUGGGGCCGAGGCUGGUCCCGACGUCGAGCAGGCCGAGCGGCAGGACGACGCGGCAGCGCCUCGCACACCACAGCCAUCUGCCUUCUCCGACGACCCUGAGUUCAUGGAGGAAGUCGUUGCGGCUGGGGGCGAGAAGCACAGGCUGGAGGAGAUCUUCAUGCGUUGGGGUGCCAAGGUCAAGAGUAUCACCACCGUGAACGUGUCCUCGGGCGGCCCGCUCGUCGACUUCCUGCCCACGUGCUCGAGUUUAUGCAUCGCGGUGCAGGAACAUCAUGCCAAGGCCGAGGGCGAUGCUUUGGCGAAGUUGCAGAAUAAAGUAAGAGCUGCUGGGUACCAUGGUAUAUGGGAGCCCGCCCUACCUGGGCAGGGAGUUGGCAGCAGAGGCGGGGUUGCGGUGCUGGCCCCGCUGCGGGUGGUCAUCACCAAACCCCCAGGCCUGGACAGUCACGUGCUGCAGGAAGGCAGGAUGAUGGCGGCCCACGUCCACGCUGGGGUGAAGGGCGGCUUCGUCAUGCUGUCGUGCUAUUUCAUUGUGGACGUCAAGCUGUCGCCCGAGAACCUGGCCAUGCUGUACAAGCUGUACCAGUAUGUCAGGUCGCUGGAGGCCAUGGGUGUUCCGUGGAUCGUAGGAGGCGACUUCAACAUGGAGGUAGGCGAGCUCGGCCCGUUGUCCUGGCUCCAGUCGGCCAAUGGCGUGGUGCUGGCGCCGAGAGAGCCGACUUGUCUUCAGAGCCUUCCUGGCCGCACCAUUGACAUGUUCAUGGUUUCUUGCCGUUUGCUGCCUCGCGUUCGGCAACCAGUGGUCGUCGACGCGGAGACGUGGCCGCAUCUACCAGUGACCAUGGAGCUCUCCGCCACGGCUUUUGACGCGAAGGUCAGGAGGCUUGUCGAGCCACGCGGCUUUCGGAGGCCGCCUGCGGCGGGGUGCGCGAGGUUCCCCCCCGACUGGGACCCGACCUUGGCGAUCAUCCAGAGCGCGUCGCACAGCGAGGGCAUCACCAGGGCCUGGGACGUCGUGCUCAGCGGCAUCGAGUUCGAGCUGCGGGGCCGCUACGACGUCGUGAAGGACGUGGCGGGGUACUCCACGGUGCCAGGCCCCCCGACCUUCGAGCUGGCGAGUUUUCACCCUGUCGUGAAAGGUGCCUGGAGCAGGAGGUCGGCGGACACCCAGGCCUGGGCGCAGGCUGCGCGCUGGGCUCGUCACCUCAGGAGGGUUCGAGUGGCCCUGCAGAGCUUCGUGCUCCAGCUACGCCCGCAGCAGGUCUUCGAGCUCGGCAGCGUCGGCGAGGCGCACGUCGACGGUGUGCCUGGCCUGGGCGAUGGGGCACCCCCUGCUGCGGAGGACCUAUCGUGGGACGCCGUGCACUCCAAGGCGGCGCGCCACCUGCUGGAGUGCGAGAAUUUCUUCCAGAGAAUCUGGCGGAGGAAGGGAGUCUGGCCGCACCUGGACGCCGAAGCCGUCGGCUUCUUCUCGCGUGGCAUACUUGCCUUAGCGCAGGCAGACUUCGAGCAGCAGGUCGACCGCAUCCUGAGUAUCUCCUCCGUUGCUGAGGCCAAGCAUGAGAAGGCCGUGAUGCAGAGCUGGAGGCAGUGGGCGCAGGCAGCUUUUGCGGCUGGAGCCAAGGGAGCUCACCGAUUCAUGAAGCCCAAG